CCCCAGACUGGUUGAGGCUGACUCUGUCCCUUUGCUGCAAACCCCCGCGCUCCCGAAGGGGGCGAGCGCUCGCCUACACCGGAGGCGGAACCGCGAGCACCGCGCGAGCCAGGCCCGGGGCCAGGACCUGACCUUGGCGGGCCCGACGGCUGUGGGCGCGGGCGGCGGUGGGAGGAGACAGUGUCGUUCUCCACGCCCGCCAGCCCCAGCUCCCGGGGCUGCACCCACCCCCUGCGGAGGCUGUCGGCCCGGGACCCCCACCCCCACCCCCCGGCUGGCUCCGCAGGGGCUGCAGGGCGGCGGGGUCACCGGCCUCCCCCGACCGUGCCUACCGCCCGCAGCCCGGCCUGGAGGACUGUUUGCUGUGGUUAAUGAUUGACCACCGACUACCGGCUUUCCGGAGCUGCGGAGCUCUGGAGGGCGGGCCGGGCGGCAAGUGCCAGGGAGCAGGAGCCGGGCCUCAGGGCAGCCAGUCGGGGUCGCGCCCUCCGCGCAGAGAGAAAGGGCCGUGACACCGGCACCACGUGCACCCUCAGAGGGCCAGGGAGGCCGGCCCGCCUUCCACCGCCAAAUCCCCGCCUCACUCCGGGACGCACGUCUCAAAACCCCACCCCCAGGCCUCCCCUAGGGUGGAUUGCUCCAGGAAGCUUCCAUAAAAGCACCCGAAGUGCUAAAUUCGCUUCUGCUGGGGAACUCGAAUUGGAGGGAGUCCUGCGUCCAAUCCCCUUCUGAGUUGCUGCCAAGAAUUUUGAGCUCUGCUAAGAGGACAAAGGAAAGUUGAGAAGUCUUUGGACCAGGGGGCGCCGUGUACUCUGCUCUCUCUCUUGCAUGGCUUCACACGGGGACUCCAGCAGUAACUGCUUCCAUAUCAUUGAUCAUGACCAUGUCCCCGAAUUUGAGGUGGCCACCUGGAUCAAAAUCACCCUCUUCCUGGUGUACCUGAUCGUCUUCGUGGUGGGCAUCCUGGGGAACAGCGUCACCAUUUGUGUCACCCAGGUGCUGCAGAAGAAGGGCUACCUGCAGAAGGAGGUGACGGAUCACAUGGUGAGCCUGGCGUGCUCUGACAUAUUGGUCUUCCUCAUUGGGAUGCCUAUGGAGUUCUACAGCAUUAUCUGGAACCCUCUGACCACCCCGAGCUACCCCGUGUCCUGUAAGCUUCACUCGUUCCUCUUCGAGGCCUGCAGCUAUGCCACUCUGCUCCAUGUACUGACGCUUAGUUUUGAGCGCUAUGUUGCCAUCUGCCACCCCUUCAGGUAUAAGGCCAUGUCAGGACCCUGCCAGGUGAAACUGUUAAUUGCCUUCGUCUGGGUCACCUCUGCCCUGGUGGCAUUACCCUUGCUUUUUGCCAUGGGUGUCGAAUACCCCCUGGUGAAAGUGCCUGCUCACCGAGGCCUCACUUGCAACCGCUCCCGGACCCGCCACCACGAGCGGCCUGAGGCUUCCAACAUGUCCAUCUGUACUAAUCUGGCCAGCCACUGGACCUUGUUCCAGUCCAGUAUCUUUGGAGCGUUUGUCCUCUACCUGUUGGUCUUGAUGUGUGUGGCCUUCAUGUGCUGGAGCAUGAUGCAGGUGCUCAUGAGGAGCAAACAGGGCCCAGUGGUGGGGACCAGCCAGCAGAUGCAGCUGAGAAAGUCUGAGAGCGAGGAGAGCCGGACGGCUAGGAGGCAGACCAUCAUCUUCCUGAGGUUGAUCGUUGUGACAUUAGCCGUAUGCUGGAUGCCGAACCAGAUUCGCAGGAUCAUGGCUGCAGCCAAGCCCAAGCACGACUGGAGCAAGUCCUACUUACGGGCCUACAUGAACCUGCUCCCCUUCGCCGACACGUUCUUCUACCUCAGCUCCGUGGUAAACCCGCUCCUGUACAACGUGUCUUCGUCGCAGUUCCGCAAGGUGUUCGGGCAGGUGCUGCGCUGCCACCUGACGCUACCCCACGCCAACGAGCAGAAGCGCCUGCGCGCCCACGGCAGCUCGGGCACCGACAGUGCGCGCUCUGCCCGCAGCCCGCUCCUCCUCUUCGCUUCCCAGCGAGGUUCCUCUGCAAGGAGAACUAACAAGGUUUUCUUAAGCACUUUCCAGAGCCAGGCCAUGCCCGAAUCUACACCCCAGUCUCUGAGUCAGGAGUCACCACAGUCCAACUCGGAGAUGAAGCCGGUCCACUCUGCCGCAGAGAAUGGUUUCCAGGAGCUCCAGGUAUGAAGGUCAAAGGAGGGAGCCUCCAUUGGGAACCCAGCCUCCCCGCCAAGCAGCUCACCCAGCAGCCACAAGAUAAACUGCGCCCCCCUCAGGGACAUGAAGCCAGAGGCUGCUGAAAGGGCAAGUCCCACCUUGGUGGCUGCUAAGGGCUGAUUCCGCCAAACAGCCCUGGACUCUGGUUUACUCGGGCAGGGGUGCUGGACUGAGCGCCACUCCCUGUCUUCAAGUACACGCUAAAUAUCCAGCUGGACUGCUUUUGCAGGAAGCUCUUUCACUAUUUGCAAAGGAACAAAAGUAGAACUGACUUUUCUCUACCCAGAAUGAAAGAACACUCAGAAUAAACUCAGGGAGCAAGGGCCAGAAGAACAAUGCAGGAGGGUGGCAGCUCCUUCAGCUUCAGCAGUGUGCCAAGAAAAGGGCUAAUUUGAGGAGCAGGAUGGUGGUGGGGAACGUGGGCCUGAGGGCUGAGGCAAAGCUGCCCCUUUUCUUGGGCCUUGGCCCAUUGCAAAGAGGCGUGUUGCAGCAGCUGAUGCACACUGAGUUCAGUUUCCCUGGGGAGCAGAAGGACUGGUACCCAGCAGAGGCGAUGAGACAGGCCGCCGAGGAUGCGCAGGACUUGCGAUACAUGAUCCCUGCAACACAGACCCAAAAGAGCUGGGUUAACGAGCAGCACUGGCUGAUCCAGGCCUUCUGUCCCUUGAAGCCCAAAUGCACAGGGGUAGCUCUGCUAUGGUCCUUUCACAGUCCCAGGGCUUGAUGGGCGUGGGAGGUACUUUGGGUUGCUUUUCUGAGCUCCCCAAAGUCAGAGCUAUGGCUAAAGAGGCAGGCACUACUGAACUGUUUUUGAUAACAUUUUGCAGAAGCUAUUUUAGAUGUCUCUGCCAGUGGGGGGAAAAAUAAAAUAUGCCUUUUUUCUUUUUUUAAAAAAAAAAUACACCAAUGUUUGCACUUUGUAUUACAGGUUUCCCCCAGCCCCCUUUGAACUAUGUCAUCGUAGGAUGACAGCGUGUGGUUUAUCUAGAUCUUAGCUAAGUCACCACAGAGAGAUGAUUCUCAACUAUGUGUUUAUUAAAUUCUGGAAUUCCUUGA